GACAUGAGCGCUCUUGCGAGCUUCAAGAACGUAUUCCAUGGAUUGUCACCAGAACAGGGAGAAAUGCGCCUCACGCAUAAUGGACUCGCGUGGCAAGGCUCUGACACGAAAAAAGUAGUCACAGUAACGAAGGAGAGCAUGCGCGCAGCUCAAUGGACUCGCGUCGCUCGAGGGUUCCAGCUCCGCCUACUGCUCUCAUCUGACAAGCGGAGGGAGACGUUCGACGGCUUCGAGAGAGAGGAUCACGAGAAGCUGGCGCAUAUCUGCAAGCAGCACUGGGAACUUUCCCUCGAGACGAGGGAAAUGAGCUACCGAGGGUGGAAUUGGGGGGAAUACGAUAUCCAGUCGGACGACCUCGCUUUCCUCGUCGCUACCAAGCCGCUAUUCGAGAUUCCCCUCACGUCAAUCGCGAACAGCAACAUAGCAGGCAAGACAGAAGUCUCGCUCGAGUUCCUCAACCCAGAACAGCUCAAGCCCGACCCCGCAGCACCUAAGCGCCGCCGAGCCGGGGACGAGCUCGUCGAGAUGCGGUUUUAUGUUCCCGGCACUGUGGAGCGGGAUGAGGGGAAAGAGGAUGACGAGGAGGGAGAGGAGGAGGUUUCUGCCGCUCAGGCGUUUUAUGAGCUUGUUAAGAAGAAAGCGGAGAUUGGUCAGGUGUUGGGAGAAUACAUCGUCGAGUUUAACGAUGUCCUUUUGCUUACUCCUCGAGGACGCUACGACCUCGACGUGUUCCCAACGUUCGUCCGGCUCCGGGGAAAGACGUACGACUACAAGAUCCUCCACACCUCCGUCACGCGCCUCUUCCUCCUCCCCAAACCGGACGACAUACAUAUCCAGCUCGUGGUCGGCCUCGACCCCCCGAUCCAUCAGGGCCAGACCCGAUAUCCUUAUCUGGUCAUGCAGUUCACGAGGGAGGACAACCUUGAGGUUGAGCUGAAGAUCGAUGACGAACAACUGCAAAAGUACGGCGGGAAACUGCAAAAGGAAUACGACGCACCUGUAUUCCAGAUCGUGUCAAACAUCUUCCGUGCUCUGACAGGGCGCAAACUCCAAGCUCCGUCAGACUACAAGUCGUUUAAUGGACAGAGCGGCGUCAAAGCGAACAUGAAAGCUACGCAAGGAGACCUGUAUUUCUUGGACAAGAACCUCAUCUUCGUAGCCAAACAGCCAGCAGUAGUAGACUACGCAGACAUCCACACCGCUUCUUUCUCCCGCGUCGGCGGAGGGAUGUCAUCAGCAAAGACGUUCGACCUCCAGAUCACCCAAAAGUCCUCUACAGGCGACCUGACAUUCAGCUCCAUCCCGAAAGAGGAACACGCGAAGAUGGAAGAGUACCUCCGGGGGAAGAAGGUGAGAGUCAAGAAUGAGAUGCAGGAAGAACUUGCGCAGGUGGUGGGGUUGAGUGAGGACGAGGAUGAGGAGAGUAUGCAGGAUGUGGCUAGUGGGGAGGAUGCGCCCAGGCGCGGGGCGGGGGAGGAUGAUAGUGAGGAAGACGCGGACUUCCAAGACUCAGACUCGGACGGCGGCUCCCCCACUUCCGGAUCCGAAGAUUCCGAACCCGAUGAUGGGCUUGCCUCGGGGGACGAAGAUCUUGCUAAGGCUGGGAAGGGGAAGAAGGGUGUUGGGAAGCCUGUGGCGGGGGGUUCGGGGUCGGGGUCGAAGGGUGAGAAAGGGGAGAAAGGGAAGGGGGAGCAAAGGGAGAAGGGGGAAAAGGAGAAGGAGAAGAUUAGGAAGAAAGAUGUGGCGAGUGAGGGAGAAGGGCCGAGGAAGAAGAAGAUCCGGAGAGAGGAGGAUUGAUCUUAGUUACAGAGACAGAGGCAGAGGCAGUGAUGGGUACUGUGUGUCUGUUUUUGUUUUCGAGC